UUCUGCUGGGCUCCGCCUGCCCCAUAUAAGAGGCGGAGCUCCGGAAAGGCAGCGAGAGUGCCUGGAGAGGGUUCUUGCGAGGUGGGUGGCAGGGCUAAGAUCGGCACCAUGGCAGACCAGUCUUUUGUGACACUAGCCACAAAUGAUUCCUAUGUAAAAGGAGCACUUGUACUGGGAUCAUCACUACGGAAUUACAGAACGACGAGGAAGUUGACAGUACUGAUCACUCCCCAUGUAUCAGAUGCAAUGAGGAAAGUCUUAGAAAAGGUCUUUGAUGAAGUGAAACUGGUGGAUGUUUUGGACAGUGGUGAUUCAGCCCAUCUUGCACUAUUGAAAAGGCCUGAACUUGGUGUUACUUUGACAAAACUCCAUUGCUGGGAACUCACACAGUAUUCAAAGUGUGUGUUUAUGGAUGCAGACACAAUGGUCUUGUCAAACAUUGAUGAACUUUUUGAAAGAGAAGAACUUUCUGCAGCACCAGAUCCAGGCUGGCCUGACUGUUUCAAUUCAGGCGUUUUUGUCUAUAGGCCUUCCAUUGAAACAUUCAAUCAACUGUUACAACUUGCCACAGAGAAAGGCAGCUUUGAUGGUGGGGACCAGGGACUGUUGAACACUUUCUUCAGCAGUUGGGCAACUACAGAUAUUAGCAAGCAUCUCCCAUUUAUUUAUAACUUAAGCAGUAUUUCUAUUUACUCCUACCUCCCAGCAUUUAAAGCGUUUGGGAUGAAUGCUAAAGUUGUGCACUUUCUGGGCAGAGUGAAACCAUGGAAUUAUACAUAUGACUCCAAAGCAAAAAGUGUCAAAGAAGACACUCAAGAUCCCACUAUGAUUCAUCCAGAGUUCCUCAAUAUGUGGUGGGACACUUUUGUCACAAAUAUCUUACCAUUACUUCAACAGCAUGGUGUAAUCAAAGAUACAGCUACUGGUAUAAAGGCGCUAUCGGGCUUGGUCUAUACACUGGCUUUCUCUUGUGGCUUCUGUAGAGAGGAGGAGGUAACAGAGGCAGUGUCCCACCUGUCACUUUCAGCAGCAGUGUCCCAUUUGCCACCAUCACCACCAGCUAUGUCCUCAGAAGAACGUAAAGAAAGAUGGGAGCAAGGCCAGGCUGACUACAUGGGAGCAGACAGCUUUGACAACAUCAAGAGAAAACUUGACACCUACCUCCAGUAAAAGCACUUGUAUUUGCUCCCCGAAAUAUCAGCAAUACAAGGACUUGUUUCAGAGCUGUAGCAACUAGAAAAGUCAGCUAGGGUCAGUUAAGUUUGCCAGCAGCUUUGCCACUGCUCAGCUGAAGGCCGUUGGUAAUACUGCAGGUAAGAACUGAGCAAAAGCUGUUUUAAAUAUGAAUUCUUGUGCCAGUUGUGUCCAGCAGUCAGAUCUUUUUCUUUGCUCAAAAACUCGUGAAUAGAACAGGACACUGGCCUGGCCUGAAACAUAGUAUUUAGACCUAGAAGACUGUGCAUUACCUCUCCUUCCUCUCACACACAUACACACCAACAUGUUCUGCUUGCUACAUUAAAAUAAUGGCUAGAGAUUCAGGCAGCUAUAAUGGAAGAGCCUUACAACAAUAGCAGACAUACAUGCAACUUGGUAACUCUAAUGUUACUUUUCUGCCAGUUCCAGCCAUUCUGACCAGAUUUCUAUGCACAAACCUACAGCAUGGCAAAUGCUUUUGUUCAGUUCUCUGUAUUACUGGGACUAGUAAAUCUUUGAACUGUAAUGGCACUCAAAGUACAAAAUAAAAACAUUGAUGAAACUUA